AGAGUAAAUGGCUCAGAGUAUCCGCGGUGGAAAGCGACCUAAACACUGGAGUAGGAACCGACACGCAAACAGAACGAGACGCGGUGCGUAAAAGCUCUCCACGGCGCACGGAAACGGUGCCAGGUGUCCAAGAAGCGCAAAAGAAGACUCCGACGGGGUUUUAUUUUUUUUUCUUUUUCCUUCCUCUCUCUCUCUGUCUCUCUCUUUCGCUCUCUCUUUUGGUUAAUUUUUUACGCGUGUGAUCAACGAGGAUAUCUUAAUUGGACAUGUGAGUUACGGGAGUUAACAAGAGAACCAGGCUUUUUUCUUCCCGCCCCCCAAGAUGAAGUUCUUCCCAGCUUGCGUCCUCGUCACUUUGGCGGUGAUCGGAUCCUGUGCGGCGCAAUCAGUUUGUCCUGGUACAGAGAACAAAUUGAGCACACUCUCAGACCUGGACCAGCAGUACCGCACCCUGAAGAAGCUCUACGAGAACUGCGAAGUUGUCAUGGGGAAUCUGGAGAUUACCAGCAUUGAUCGAAACCGCAACCUCUCCUUCCUCAAGUCUAUCAAAGAAGUGACCGGUUAUGUGCUGGUGGCACUUAAUCAGUUCGACUACCUGCCACUGGAGAACCUGCGGAUCAUCCGAGGCACCAAACUUUACGAGGGUCGGUACGCUCUAGCCAUCUUCCUGAACUACAGACGGGACGGUCUGUACGGACUACGGCAGCUGGGAUUACGUAACCUCACAGAGAUACUGAAUGGGGGCGUUUAUGUUGACCAGAACAAAUUCCUGUGUCACGCAGACACCAUCCAUUGGCGUGACAUUAUCAAGAACCCCCAAGCUGAGCUGCUGGUGGUGCCGUCCAACAACAGCAACAAUGGAUGCAGACGCUGUCAUCGCUCAUGUAACGGACGCUGCUGGGGCCAUCAGGAGGACCAGUGUCAAACUUUGACAAAAACGGUGUGUGCAGAGCAGUGUGACGGUCGAUGCUUCGGGCCUUACGUCAGCGACUGCUGCCAUCGCGAAUGCGCCGGCGGCUGCUCCGGCCCCAAGGACACAGACUGCUUUGCUUGCACCAAUUUCAAUGACAGCGGGGCCUGCGUGACCCAGUGCCCUCAGCCCUUUGUGUACAACCCGACGUCCUUCCAGUUAGAGCACAACCCCAGGGCGAAGUACACCUAUGGAGCCUUCUGUGUCAAGAAAUGUCCACAUAACUUUGUCGUGGACCACAGCUCCUGUGUGAGAGCAUGUCCCAGCAACAAGAUGGAAGUGGAGGAGAACCGGAUUAAAAUGUGCAUCCCUUGCACAGACAUCUGUCCAAAAGUGUGUGACGGUAUAGGAACUGGAAGCCUGCAGUCAGCUCAAACAGUGGACGCCAGCAAUAUUGAUAAAUUUGUCAACUGCACCAAAAUCAAUGGCAACCUCAUCUUUCUCAUUACUGGCAUUAAAGGGGAUAUGUAUCACGGUAUUGGGCCUUUGGACCCUGAGCGCCUCAACGUGUUCCGCACCGUGAAAGAGAUCACAGGUUACCUCAACAUCCAAUCCUGGCCUGAAAACAUGACGGAUCUUAGUGUUUUUUCCAGCCUGGCUACCAUUGGAGGCAGAGCUCUUUACAGUGGAAGUGGUAUUUCUCUUUUGAUCUUGAAGCAGCGUUGGAUCUCCUCCCUCCAGUUCCAGUCGUUGAGUGAGAUCAGUGCUGGGAACGUCUACAUCUUCAACAACAGCCGCCUCUGCUUCUAUAACACCAUCAACUGGACGUCGCUAUUCAGGACCCCGAGCCAAAAAGUCCUCGUCCGUAACAACCAAGAUCCAAAGGAGUGCAUGCAACAACGAAUGGUGUGUGACCGAAUGUGUUCGGACGAUGGCUGUUGGGGACCAGGGCCAGACCAGUGCCUCUCCUGCCGAUUUUUCAAGCGAGGCCGUACCUGCGUUCAGUCCUGCAACCUUUUUGAUGGGGAAGAGCGUGAAUUUGCCAAUGGAUCCGUGUGCCUGGCGUGCGAUAGCCAAUGUGAGAAGAUGGAUGGAAACACUGUGACAUGUCUCGGUCCGGGCCCAGACCAGUGUGUAAAAUGCCUCCACUUCAAAGACGGCCCUAACUGCGUAGAGAAGUGCCCCGACGGGCUGCAGGGAGCCAACAGUUUCAUCUUCAAAUACGCCAAGGCCAACAACGAGUGUCAUCCCUGCCAUGCCAAUUGCACCCAGGGGUGUGUCGGGCCAAGACUCCAAGAUUGUGUUGGGAUGAUGGACAGGUAAGGCGUCUCAGGAUACAUUUGUGAUGUGGGACUGGGAGACCACCAUCAGAUCCUGCUAAAACUCAUUAAAGUUUCUGUUAAAUCCCGUACCUUAUGAUGCUCAUUAACAACAGUGUAGUCUAUCUGACAGGUAACAUGGGAAUCUUUUGUUGUUGUCUAAGCUUGUGCUAAGCCUUCGUCUGGUCCAAUUAUGUUACUUUGACUGUGUCUGAUAUGUGUAGACGGAACCAGCAAGGGAAAAAAAAACCAAAACAAAAUUCCUCUGAAAACCUUAACAGAUGUGGGAUAGACUGUAUGGAGGACCA